UCUCACCAGUAAUGACAAUAGUUGGAGAAUAAAAGAAGAAAGAAGAUUGAUUACGCUCAAAUUGCGGAUGCUGUUCUAUGACUUAAAUGAAUGUCGCUCAUUGUUAACAGUAAACAAACCAUUUCACAUUUAUCUUAUGAGUAUAUAAAAGCGAUAUAAGUGAUAGAGCCACCAGAAGGUUUGCGCCACUUCUCUCGGACCAGCUGGUCAAAUAGGAAAGGGAGUUCUUCGAAGAAGAAGAUGGCUGCCGGCGGCGACCAAAGCGCCGAUUCACCUAAAAGUAGUACUUCUUCGUUGAUCUGGGGCCUUCUUGAGGUCAGCGAAAAAGCUGCUAGAAUUGCUCGCGAAUGUCGGGCUCGUAAAGAACUUUUCGACUUAUUAGUCGAGGAGAAAAUCGGCAAAGAUAAGAAUCCUCGCAUGGCUCAAGACUUCAAGACAUUAACAGAUGUGCUCGUCCAGGAAACUGUAAAACAUAAUCUCUGCGCUAAGUGGCCAGUUUUAAAAUCGAAUAUUCUAGGCGAAGAGAAUAAUCUGUUCACCAAUGCUAAGGGUCAGGGUAUUUUGGUUGAGGUCAAAUCCACCGAAGAAGAAACGGCUAAUCUGCUUGAGCAGGUCUUGGAUGGUAAUUCGGCUGCGGCAGCGCUUUUGGCCCGAGCCGUUCAUCAAGAACCGGAGGUUGAACAGGUAGUGCGGGCUGACUUCAACCGAUUGAAAAACGCUCUCGACAAGCAGGACGUAUUGCUCGAGGAUAUCGGCAUAUGGAUUGACCCUAUUGACGGCACGUUUGAAUACAUCGCCGGUAUGUGGGACGCGGACUCCGCAUCGGACCCUACCAUUCCACUUGAACAACAACGUCCGCAUCGGAAAGGUCUUCGUUGCUGUACCGUGCUUAUCGGGGGUUUUUCGAAGUCAUCAGGAAGCCCGAUAUUUUCUGCGGUAUCUCAACCGUUUGCAACACCCCAUGCUGGUCCCACAACUACGUUCUUCUGCGCUCGAAGCAUCCACAAUGUCCCUCAUCUGCCAGUCAAGUACAAUGUCGUCGUCUCGACUGUAGAACAACAAGAUAUUCUAGAGAAACUAGAAAGGGCAUCAUUAACUGUGACUCAUGCCUCUGGAGCUGGCUACAAGCUUUUGAUGGUAGCGCUUGGCUGGUGCGAUGCUUAUGUCCUAACGCGAGGCAGCACCUUCCGAUGGGACACUUGUGCACCCCAAGCUCUGCUGCAGGCACAAGGUGGAGGGAUGCGGCAGUUUAACUCUAAAAAACCCAUCCGAUACGAUGUUUACGACAAACAAUUGGCGUGCAAUACCGGGGGACUGAUUGCGUACCGAAAUGAAGCCAUAUGUAGAAAGAUACUCAGCGUCCUAGAAAUUGAGUAAUCGGCGGAUUAGUAGGAUGAGAAUAA